UUUUGGCAGCCUAUGUUGAUGCAAGGCUGAUAUAGAUUGAUAUUGUGUGGAAAAGAAACCUUCGGUUGUUUAGCUUGCUUCUUGGGUUAAAAAAGUCAAGCCUCAUAUACUUCUUGGUUUGUCUGGAGUUGGUGGUGUCUUCAAUGAGCAGCUGCAGGGCACUAAGCACAACAAUGGCAGAGUGUAUGCUCUUUUUGAGCUUGCAGAAUGCACUGCUGUUGAUGCUUUCAAUCAUGCUGGAGAAAAUAUUGUUUUUGCAAGCGGGAGCCCUUUCAAAAAUGUUGACCUUGGGAAUGGAAGUGGGUCAUGUAAAUCAAGCAAAUCAAGCAAAUAACAUGUAUUUGUUUCCUGGGAUUAAGAUGGGAACUCUUCUCUCAGGUGCUCAUUUGAUUUCAGAUGGAAUGUCGCAAGCAGCUUCUGAAUGUAUUCAAGAUAUAACAGCAGAGGUUGGAGCUGCUAUUGUUCGAGCAGUAGUUGCCGAAGAACUGGCAGAAGGACGCUGUGAUGUGGGACCCAGAGAGCUCAGGAGGAGACGGUGGAAUAUGUCAAACGCAACAUGUGGUUUCCAGUUUACAGCCCUCUUGUUCAUGAGAAAUAAAGUUCCGAUCAUUUCUGUGUGUGCGCGCAGGAUAUUUUUCUACAAACACCGUCCCAACGUUCUGCAGCCAUUCAAAUAUUCAUGAUGUAACUGUAGUUUUGAAGCCUAGAAUAGUAAUAUGGUGAAAGAACAGAACUGGAGAGAGAAGGGUCGUAGAAGUUGAAAAAUAAUGGCACUGCAGUUUUGAUCAAGUCCUUUUGUAUAAAUCUGCUUAUUGAUGUAAUGAACAACAUCAUGUAAACUUUCUCUUUUUCAGUUUUUUCAAAAACUUAUUGAUGUUUCAUGUAUGCUCCUUU